GCUGCUGUUUAUAGUGUGUACUGGAGCGUUAGCAGGAUUCUAAAAGCGCUGAUCGCGGAAAAUCUGAAUUUUACCAGGAAGCAUGUCUAUGCCAGACCAGGCCUCCUCAGAGGAUUCUGGCAUGAAUAUCUCAGAUAGACUGGGUCUGGAUGUCAUUUUCCAAGAAGAAGAAUCAGCAGAACACCUCAGUCUUGAUAUGUGGGGAAGUUGUCGCGCCGACAACUUUCAACAAAAGCUGAAAGAAAAUGAAAGUUUUAAACCACUGAGAGUCCAUCUGAUGAAACUUGUUGCAGACUACUUUAAUAGGGUAAACGUCAGUUACUUUAUUUAUGGUGGUACAGCCCUAGCUGUUUAUCGUGAAGGUGGAAAAAUUAUCAAACACGAUGGCGAUAUAGAUGUGGCUAUUCUUGAAACUGAUUUCUCAAACGUUGUCCGCAAUAUUGAUAAAUUUCCGGCAUUGAAAGACGGUGAUGUUUUAAUGUCAGAUGAAUGUUCCCUUCGCAAGCGAGGCUGGUUUGAUGGAGGAGGAAAGGAGAUUCCAUUUUGCGGAGUCGGAGGGAAACGUAUAAAAUUCAUUGCCACUAGAAAGCUUUUCAGACAGUUUGGAUUCGAGACCGAUGAACAUUUUGAUAUAGGUCUGGCACAUGUGGAUGUUUUUACUCUUAGCGAACAUCCCGAUGAUCCGAAAUGCUUCUGUGUCAACUGGAAUUUACCGGGUGUCUACGAUUACAAAAAGAAAGCCUUCCCAAAAUCAAUAUUUUUCCCUAUAAAAACCUACUCUUUUGAAGGGCUGGAAGUUACUGGUAUGAACGACCUCAAAGCUUAUCUGGAGAUAGAGUACGGGUAUUUAGGCCGAGGCGCUAUGUACGAUUGUAAAACUCAGCUUUACGUCAAAAUACCAAACAACUUGCUCACUCAACUUCCAGGACACAUUCAGAAGUCUUUUCUUAAUGAUUCGUGACUUGCCUUUUUUAAGGAUGUUCAGAUUUUUUUCCUUUAAAGCGUGUCAUAAUUUUAGUAUUCUGAGUUUAGUUCAUUCCCCAAUCGUACUUAUCCUGUAUUUUACUAAUUUCUACGUCCAAGAUGCAGUCUAGUGUCCAGUCAGUCACCUGUGUGAUCCAUAAGCUAGUAGUACGAAAAUUCCUGCAUGAUAUGAAUGACAAAAAACGAGUCACUUUUUAUAACGGUUUACAAAAAAGAGUGGCGCAUUACUUUUAGGUUUUGCACGUACAGUCUUAAAUGAAUUCUGCCUAAUCCAUUAUUACAAGUUUACUCAGUAGACAAAAGUAAAUUUCCUUUUAGGGAAGUGUGUUUGAGUAGUUUACAGAAUUGAAGUUUCUUUACAACAGUGCUUGCCUAGGAAACUUUAUAAGUGUAGUUUUUGCUUUACACAAGUUGAAACCGUUUGAAACUGUUGUUGACUGAAAACGAUUUGUUAAUAUCCGCGCAUCAGGGCGCAUGCUCAUGUUUAUGAAUGCUAUUUCUCAUAACGUCACCAGCUACUCAGUAGUACUGAAAGGCUUACCAUUUUAUGCCGCAGUCGGCGCCGAAAAAGUUCUCGGCAUUUUCUUGACCAAAAUUAGAAUUUUAUAUCCCGUACAACUAAACUAACUAAUUUAAGACUGCCAAAGCAAUCGAGAAGGACUGGAUACUCUCCGUUAUGGAUUCUCGAAAUCUCGGACACUCUUGCAUUCCUUGGGUGACAGGGAUAAAAUCAGAAAAAAAGACAACUUGGGAAGCAAUGUUGAUUUGCAAAUUAACCAAUGACUUGUUCUCUAAAUGGAUUUUAGAAUUUAAAUCGCCAGUGAAUGAAAACGUUCGCAGCUUAGUUCAAAUUAACCCGCAUUCAGUGACUUAACCGAUGAGAUUUAGUUUUAUUCUUCCCGAACUGUACUUCGCGGAAAACACUUUUCUUACCUGGUCCCUCAGCAGGAGAAGCAACCAGUAAAACAAGGCAGAACAGCCUGCUACAAAUA